UUGAAGAAAGGGUGUGUCACUUAUUAAGACAAAUAAUAUGCCAAUUGAAACAAUGACACCUGUAGCUGCACCAACACCAGCCACAGCAACACCUGCAUCUACACCAGCAGCACCAGCACCAACAAACAACAAUAACAAUGAGGCACAGAAGAAAAGUAACAGAAUUCAAGUGUCUAACACUAAGAAACCACUUUUCUUCUAUGUCAAUCUUGCUAAGAGGUACAUGCAGCAGCAUACUGAGGUUGAACUAUCUGCUUUGGGCAUGGCGAUCACUACGGUUGUCACAGUUGCUGAGAUUUUGAAGAAUGGUGGAUUUGCGACGGAGAAGAAGGUUUUAACAUCCACAGUUGGAAUGAAAGAUGAGGCCAAAGGCCGCAUGGUUCAGAAAGCAAGAAUUGAGAUAGUGUUGACGAAGAGCGAGAAGUUCGACAAGCUGAUGACACCAAACAAUACUAAUAGUGAUCGUGCAGUAGCACAAGAUGGUGCAGCAACCAACAAGACUACUAUUACUUCAGACACUAAGGAGCAAAACAAGAAGUAGAGAGGAUGCUACUUGUUAUUGUGCCAAAUCUCAUUCUUACUGUAUCUCAGUCUAGAUAUGAGGAUGCUACAUAUCAUAUUAUUCUGCUAU